AUGGAGAAUAAAGCUCCUUCAAAACGGGCAAAGCAAAAGCGUAACCGCAUUAUCACCGCUUGCUUUGACUGUCGAGAGCGAAAGGCGGGUUGUGAUCGCACCAAGCCCAUCUGCUCUCGAUGUGGAGACGGGCGCACAUGUAUAUAUUUAGACCCGCCGAACAAUGCUCUUAUUAAUGGCACAAGUCGGAAGGUCUCGUCUUUGCCUCCAGAGAUCAAAGAAAAAGUCAGCCGGCUAUAUAGCCAAUGCCUUGGGGAUGCCAAAGAUGGUGAUGAUGGUUCAGACUAUGAGGGUCUUGAGGUCUCACCACUUGUCACGGAAUCGGCAUCGUAUGAUGAUGAUGCCGAUGAGACAGAAGUGACCGACCUUGGCUUUCAGAUUGGCAAAGUACACAUGACGGACCGCAUAGGUGGCCAGUACCGCCCAGGAAUGGCACACGAGCUCAAAAUGCUGUUACAAGCAGCAAGCCAUCAGCGUGAAUGGGCAGAGGAACAAGCUGUUUGGCCAACGCCACCUGAAAUGUUCCAGACUGGCCUCGCCACGCCAACAGGAUCAUUCAUGAAGCCAACCUCUUCAUACCUCGCUCCCGACUUAGAUACAAUCUCCCUCGGUAAAGACCAGGAACUUAUGGACUUCCUGCCACCAUUCACAAUAUCAACAAGAAUACUACAACAAUACUGGAAAGGGGUCCAUCCUAUCGCUAGGAUACUGCACCGACAAUCGUUUGAGUCGCGUUGGCAGACAUUUGCCAAGAACCUGAGUAACAAAACUCGGCCGACGAAGUCUUUGCAAGCAAUAGUAUUUUCGAUUUUGUUUUCAGGUAUGGUUGCGAUGCCGCCCGGCACUAUUGACAAGGAAUUCGGAGAAGAUCAACACCUUUGGAUGCAAAAAUUGAAGGCUGGUACAGAGAUUGCAUUGACUCAAGCUCAGGUUCUCCAGACGGCCAAGGUGGAGACGGUUCAGGCUUUUGUAGCCUAUUUGAUAGUAUUAUGCCGCGGAGAGGUCUCUAGGAUCCACUCCUCCCUAGUAGCAACGGCCAUACGUGUGGCUGAAUGCAAUGGAUAUCAUGUCGAUGGUGAACAACGUGGAUACAAUCCCAUUGAAAUUCAUAUCAGACGCCUGAUAUGGUACAAUUUAUGCAUUCUUGACAUUCGGGUAACAGAAGCACAUGGUCCUCGCCCAAUCAUCCGAGCAGAGGAUUACACGACCAAACUUCCAAGUAAUGUCGAUGAUGCCGAACUUGCCAAGGAAGGCCACAAAGAGGCAGCUGAGAACAAAUGGACCGAAAUGACAGUGCCACUUAUUCGAUACAGGUGUAACGAAUUCAUCCGGAGCAUUUGGAUCAACCGACGCAAGCUCAUGGCACGAGAGAUCUCGAUCACGCCUAUCAUUAACAGCAUAGAGUCUUUUCGGCUCGAGUGGUCACUCAAGCUUACACCGAGUAAACCGAACGAUCCUCUACAAAGGUACGGUCUUCGCGUGCUAGAUCUUCAGACCUUGCGAACGUACGCUAUGGUGCUUCAUCCUUACCAUAUGCACCCGAAACUGCAGAUGCCAGAUCGUCUGUUAUCCGUGCUGAUAGAAAACGGCAUUAAGACCAUGGAUAGAGUAAUCGAGGUUGAGACUUUUGCCGACUAUGCGCUCUGGCGGUGGUAUGCAGGUGCACUGCAACAGCAUCACUACGCUAUGCUAAUGUCAACUGAAAUCAUUAUGAACCCAAGGCGAAAAGAGUCGGCGCGAAUUUGGCGAGGCCUUGACUAUGUUUUUGAGCCCCCGCAGUUGCCACCAAUAGCUAAGGCUCGCUGGAUAAUUACGCAAGCCUGGUGGAAGAUGGAGGUCUAUACUGGAAAACGGCACCUUCGUGCGCCCGCAAACUUAGAGAAGAAUUUACGCGAAGCACUCAAAUUGUCUGAUAAAGAAAUCCACCGGGAUGCAAGGAACUCCAGUGCCAGUACAGAGUCGACCUUAGUCGACGAAGACAUUUCUAAAGGGGCACAAAACCUAGGGAGAAAGCCAGGUCGGGGGAAGUCGACUAAAAACCAGACAUCCUCAAAAGCUAGUAGCAGCUUCAGAGAAUCGCCUUCAAACCCUGGAACCUUAUCACCAGGCAGUAAUAAAGCCCCUUCCACGCCCGAAACAUCUGUGACGAAGUCACCCCCUACUGCACCUGCGAAGCAAUUGGUCGAUGUUGACUGGGGUGUUCUAAACAAUUAUUACCCACCGGAGCAAUAUUCGGGCGAGCUUGACGUCUCAUACGAGACUUGGUCCCAUCUUCUUCAGUCAAUGCCUUGUCCAAGUGGCGUCGACCAAGCCAACCCUGGGGCAAUUCAAUUAGACCCGUUUGGAAUCGGUUACAGCGGGAACGCCGCUGCCUUCCAUUCCCCAGCCUUAAAUGUACAAGAUUGGACCGGUUCGUGGACGCAGACGUCGCAGCCUACGGCGCAAUUCCUACCGCGUCAGCAGCAAUCUGCGAUACCUUGGGACCAGCAUAGCACAAAUCCUGUCGAAAACCAGCAAGGCUCACUGCACUGGAAUACUAGCUUUACCCCUCAGCAACAACAGCAAAUGUAUCAGCAGCAGUACGAAGCACCACAACAAGUUCAUCAGUCUCAGUCGCCUCCGCAGUGGACUGGAAGUAACUCUACUGCACCAGGACUCGAGGUGCCGGUAAAUGUCUCCGUCCCUGGUCAGCGAUCGCAGGAACAACAACGGCGGCAAAACGAGGAAUUGAACUUUGCAUUCUAUCUCCGCGCCUCUGCAGACAGCAUAAAACACCACGCCUCCGUGCAUCUAUCACAUCACGGUUCUGACGCUGCCCCUGCCUAUUCUCUACGUCACCCGGACCCUGCCCUACCUGGCUCAAAGAAUCGCUAUGCAAUCGCCCUCUACGACAGCUACAAUGCAGACAUCCUUUUUGGAGAGGUAUUACUCGUACCCCAAUGGACUCAGCCGAAUAAAGAAGAGACGAGAUUGAAUAGUGGAGUUCCUCCGGCACCCCAGCCUAUACUACCUACCGAGGUUAUCUUACAGCUGUACAAUCCAGAUCAGCAGAUCAAGAUGAAAUGGAUCGCUGGCACAUGGAACACAGCUCCUUAUUGGGGAUUUGAGAUGCCCGUGCAGAGUUUCCGCCAACCGUCGUCUUCCGCCAUCGAUCGUGUUCAGAGUGACCCUACAGCCUCGGAGAACACACCAAUGCUGGGUUUCAAAUGGAAGAAGGAUGGCAAACUGUCAAAAGACUACAUAUGCACCCUCUCAGGGAAGUCGACCAAUCCAGAUGGCAGCAAGAAGAAACAUAAGGAGCCCGACAUUACUGUGGCGCUUUUCAAACAUUUCAAAGAAAUUACUCUCUACGAACCAAAUCUUUCGCGAGUCGAGACGGAAGACCCUAAAGGCCUUGAAGUUGUGUUACUCCUCGGGGCGAUCGUCAUUCGGGAAGUCUUCAACUCCAACGUAAGUGAAGCGUUCAAUAUCUCGGAUUCUGCAGCCACAGCUGCGCCUUUCAUCCCCUCAAAUGCCCCGAAUAAAGCGCACCGUAAACAUCGCCAUGCUUCACACCCUCCACCUACUCAGCCGCCUCGACAUUCGUCUUCUGAUCCUCGUCUACCACCCACUGACCCACGUACACAAUGGGAUUUGGAUAUGGAGGAGGCACGACUCAAGAAGCAAGUGGCGCAUGAAGAGCGUGAGAGGCGACGUCGCGAGGAAGCAGAAACAAGACGAGUACAGAGGAUGGUGCAGGAAGAGGAGCAUCAGAGGCGCGAGAAGCAGAAGGUGAUCGACCGUGAAACGGAGCGAUUGAAGAAGGUGUACGGCAAAGGAGGGCGACCAAGCUCGCAGCAGCUUCCGUCAACUAAACCGCCACGGCAUCAAGGGCAGGCGGUCACAUCGUAUCCACCCGCACCAGUUCAGAGACCACACAGUGCAGCACCAGCGCCAUAUCUCGCAAAUAACAUACGACCGCAACAGCAGCAGAGCGUGGGCCCGUACCUGCAGCCGUCAGGUUUUGGAGGACCUAGCUCAAGCACACUUUUUUCUGGCGGGGGUCAUGCACCUCAAGCUCAAGCGCAACCUCGACCCCAGAAGAAGAGUCUGGCCUGGAACAAGACGUGGACAAGCGCUGUCAACGGCGACACUGAAUCUGUCAGACAGCUGACGUCAACCGCCAAAAUGUUGAGCCCAGCUAUCCUCUGGAAGGCGCCAGAGAUCAACCCAGUCAAUCACAAAGCACGUUCAAUCCCAGGACUUAACCCCAUCAAUCUUUAUGGACGAGUAUUCUUCUUCUCGUGGUUCGGCUUCUUCGUUGCUUUCUGGUCUUGUCUCCUCGUCCGUCUUGUUGCAGGGCCGUCUUGUGAUCGCUUUGGCCCUCGAUACACCUUUGCAGGAUGCUUGCUUAUUGGCGCUAUCCCCACUGCUCUAUCUGGCACAGUGAACUCAGUAAAAGGUCUCCUUGCACUUCGCUUCUUCAUUGGUAUUCUUGGUGGCAGCUUUGUCCCCUGUCAAGUCUGGUCGACGGGCUUCUUCGACAAGAACGUCGUUGGCACAGCAAAUGCCUUGACUGGCGGGUUUGGUAACGCCGGCGGUGGUGUAACCUAUUUCCUGAUGCCAGCGAUUUUCGACUCUCUUGUUCAUGACCAAGGCCUCACGCCUCACAAGGCCUGGCGUGUCGCUUUCGUCGUGCCCUUCAUCGUUAUCACGGCCGUCGCUAUCACUAUGCUGAUCUGCUGUCCUGAUACCCCAACUGGGAAAUGGAGCGAACGCCACCUCGCCGCGCAACAGAAUCUCACCAGCCACGGUGUCACAGGCGAAGUUGUCGAUGUGCCCCAAGGCCUCACUGACAAGCAACAACACUUGAGCGGGAGCGAAUCACCCGGUAGUAACGACGAGAAGAAGAUUGGCUUCGAGGCUACGGGCAAAAACAGCACCGCCUUCGACCACGAAGCGAACAUCGGCCAGCAAGAAAUGCUCGACAUCGCCCGUGGCGAGAUCGUCCGCAAGCCAACCUUCAAAGAAACCCUACCUGUCAUCUUCUCUGCCCAGACACUCGUCCAAGGCGGAUGCUACUUCUGCUCCUUCGGCGCCGAACUGGCCAUCAAUUCUAUCUUAGGCGCCUACUACGUUAAGAACUUCAAAAAGCUUGGCCAGACUGGCUCUGGGCGAUGGGCAGCGAUGUUCGGCCUCUUGAACGUUGUCACGAGACCUCUCGGCGGAAUGAUCAGCGACAUCAUCUACAAAAACACCAGCGUCUGGGGCAAGAAGGCCUGGAUCCAUGUCCUCGGUGUCGUGACUGGCGCAUUCCUAAUUGCCAUCGGUGCAUUGGAUCCCCACACCAAGACUACGAUGUUCGGUCUUGUCGGCGCCAUGGCUGUCUUCCUUGAGGCGGGCAACGGGGCCAACUUCUCGCUUGUGCCUCACGUGCAUCCUCAUGCUAACGGCAUCGUAUCUGGAUGCACGGGCGCAUCAGGAAACCUGGGUGGCAUCAUUUUCGCGAUCAUCUUCAGAUUUAAUGGGAAGGAUUAUGCGAAGGUUUUCUGGAUCAUUGGGGUCAUGACGAUUGGGAUUAAUUUGGCGCUGAGUUGGAUCAAGCCAAUUCCCAAGGGACAGAUUGGUGGUCGUUGA